UCGCAACGUCACAAACUUCAGAUCUUUCUUUCCGGUGAGGCUCUUCAGGUGGACGCAUCGUAGUUUUUAUUAGUUGGACUAAAGUUUUCUCCAUCUUCCAACAAAAAUGAAAAUCUGGAAGGAUGUAUUCACCGGGGACGAAAUGUUCUCCGAUACGUACAAGGUGAAGCUGGUGGAUGAUGUCAUGUACGAAGUGUACGGAAAGCACGUCUCCCGCACAUUGGGCGAUGUGCAGCUGGAUGGUGCCAACCCGUCCGCUGAGGAGGCCGAAGAGGGAACAGACGCGGCCACCGAAGCUGGUGUGGAUAUCGUCCUGAACCACCGUCUGGUUGAAACCGGAUUUUCGGAUAAGAAGCAGUUCACCACCUACCUGAAGGACUACAUGAAGAAGCUCGUCGCCCGGCUGGAGGAGAAAUCUCCCGGCGAGGUGGAAGUCUUCAAAACGAAUAUCAACAAAGUGAUGAAGGAUCUGCUCGGUCGAUUCAAGGACCUGCAGUUCUUCACCGGUGAAUCGAUGGACUGCGAAGGUCUGAUCGCCAUGCUGGAGUACCGUGAUAUCGAUGGCGAUUCCGUGCCUAUUCUGCUUUGCUUCAAGCACGGUCUGGAGGAGGAGAAGUUCUAAGGCGUAAAGGAAAUUUGUACGUUUUGUUGAGGCAGAUCAGCAUCGUUUAUAUAGUUUCUGUUCAAUUUGAUUUAAGCUUUCAUUGACCCCGCGAUACACAGCAUCCUGUAAAAGAAGAGACUUAUGACUAAAACAGUAGCGUUAUUUAUAAUGAGCGCAGCGUGCGGGAUUUUUUCGUGACGUAUGUAAGGUUAGAACAAUGUGAAGAUGCAGUUUGAAGAGGAGACAGUUUGAGACUUUGAAAUUACCGUCAGCAUUUAAUUAGGGCCGAGAGAGGAUGGAUGUACUGUAUUUUUUUUGUGCGACAUUUCCAACCAAAAUACGGAUGAAAAAUCGGUGCGAAAUCGCUAUCUACAAUCAUUUACAAUUGUGUGUGUGUGUAACUUACCAAUACUCACGUAAAGUUUGCAGUUACGUUAUCAACUUUUCGGUAGCACGGAACCAGCAGCAACAACACGCGCGGCGCAUUUGAAAAGAACAUCAGCGAAGGCGGCGCUCGCGCUUGUGUGUGGUAAAAGAACAUACCAGAACAUAUUGGCAUCAUGACUGUUUUGGAAGGUGGAGAAAAACCAACACGAUAAUCUUCUGUCCUGCAAGAUUUUACAGCUUUCUUGAAACAUCAAAAUCAAGCAUGAAAACUAAACAUCAAAUAAAGAAGAAAAGAUCAAUCGUAACAACUGAAACAAAA